UCUCGCGAGAGGGACGGCGCGGGCCGAGGGACAAACCGCCGUGGCGCGCGGCUCGUUGCUGCGCGACGCCGAAGCGACCGUUGGAGGGUGCCGCGCGCAUGGCCAAGUUAGUGCUGGCAGGUAAGGCAAACUGCCCUUACUAUGCCAAAGCUGAACUCCUGGCUGACUAUCUCCAGGCUAACUUGCCAGACUUCAGAGUUCACAAGAUCACUCAGCACCCUGACAAAUGGGAGCAGUGGCUUCAUGACAUUUGUGAAAUGAAUGGAUGGGAACACAGACGAUCUCCUAUCAUUUGGAGAGAACUGUUGGACCGUGGAGGGAAGGGUCUGCUUCUGGGAGGAAUUAAUGAUUUUCUGGACUAUGCUCAGUACUAUUAUGGCAUCACCUCGGUGAUGUUGAGUGAGGAAAUGUUAGACGUUGCUGAGGAGAACCUGCAGGCGCAUGUUGAAAUUGAAAAAGAGGAGGAAGAGAUUAAAAGUCUUAUCAAGCCUUUGCAGAUCUGGAUCACCAGUGCAUCAGCUCCAAUCUGUUAUCAGCUGAUCCCUCUGUUGGCAAAUGGAGAAGUGUUCGGAGCAACCACAGAAAUCAGUAUCCAUUUGCUUGACAAUGACCAGUUUAAGGAAGUUCUUUGUGGUAUUGUAAUGGAAGCUGAAGACAUGGCAUUCCCACUCCUCCACAGUAUUUCAGAGCACACUGAACUAGAAGAGGCUUUUAUUCAAGCUGAUAUUGUCAUUGUUCUUGAUGAUGUCCUCUUAAACCAUGAAGUCCAAUCCCUUGAGAACUACAUCAGAGAAGUGAGUGAGAUCUGUCAAGUGUAUGCUCCCCUGAUUGAGAAGAAUGCCAAGAGUGAGGUCAAAGUAAUUUCAUCAGGAAAAACCUUUGUAAACCUUAAGGCGAUGAUGAUUAUGACAUAUGGCCCAUCCAUUAAGCCUGAAAAUGUCAUUGCCGUUGCGACAUCCUGGGAAAGUGCAGCUAAAGCCAUGCUGGCCAGGAAGCUGAAUAUGAAUGCAGCAGGAGUUAAAGACGUGAUUGUUUGGGGCAAUAUUACUGGCUGUAACUACAUCGAUUUGUCGCAUGCAAAACUUUAUGGAUAUGACUGUGCUAUUUGGGGCCCAGCUAAUUUUCCACAUCCUUUGUUGAAUAUGAUUUAUGAUAGCGAAUGGAUCCAUUCAGAAUUUCUGUCUGCACAGAGUUCACUGAGUUCCCGGGUCUAUCAUUGUAUAGGAAUGUUACCUGCUCAUGCAGUAGCCACUGUACUGAGAUACUGGUAUCAUGGCUCUCCUCCUGGGGAAAUCGUUUCUGUGGGAAUACUUACUAAAGGUCAAUUUUGCAUUCCUGAAGGAAUUGUCUUCUCUAUGCCAGUGAGGUUCCACAGUGGUAACUGGGAAGUCAUGACAGAAUUAGAAAUUAAUGAAACAACCCAAGAAGUUCUGGGACGCUUAGCCCAUGAGCUGAUUCAGGAAAAGCUCAUUGCACUAAAGGAAAUAAAAGAAAUACAUCUGAAUGGAGCUGAUAAAAAUCACUAGUAAAAAAUAUUUGCGUCAAGAGAUGGAAACCUUGCCUACUGGUUCACUUUAGCCAGAGUUGUCUGGAGAAGAAAAUGCUGAAAAUUCCCAUACUAAAACAAUGUUUCCAUUGCUCAAAAGAGCAAACUACAAAGAAAGGCUAAACAUUGCAAUAGCUUUUACUGUAUCUUCCUCAUCAAAAAACCUGGAAAUCUGUAGGCAGAAAAAUAUUUUAAAAACAGUGUGAAUAUAGCAUUCUUAAUCUAGGAUUUCAUUUACAUCCAACAACUUAUUUCUUCAGACCAAUAAACUGUUUCAAAAACAUUGAUUAAUGUAUAAAAAGUUCAUAUUAAGACCAUUUUGAGCAAGAUUGUCACACAUAGAGUAGCAGUUUUAUAACUCCAAGCUCCUGGUUCAGACAACUACAACACAGUAGUUGUGUAAGAAUGUAUAUGGCCAGGCAAAAUUGAUUUUUAACAGAAAAAAUUAACUACAUACAUCUCCUUAGUGACAAGAUCAUUUUUGUCUCUGUGUUUUUUAUUUAUUUCAUGAAUUUUAUAGGGACUACUCAUAUGUUUUAAGUCAAAUGUGCAAUUAAUUAAGUCCUUAUCUAACCAGGAUUGUUGAGGAACCACUUUCACUUGCAUGUCUUUGGCAUCUUAAAAGAUGGAGACUGUGUUAAAUGAAAUAUUAUUGUACUUGCUAAUUUUUUAUCCGA